AUGCAGAAGUGGCCGAGGUCGGCCCAAGGCACUUGCCUCUCUGGCGAGAGAGGAUGCAAAGCCGAGAACCAGCGACCUCCGGUAUCAGCUCCGGAGACGGGCCGCGAGCCGGCAAAGGGGAAGUACAACGAGGACCCAGGGCCCCCGCGCAUCCGGCGCCCUUCUGAAGGCCAAGGGAGGCUCGGGCGCCGGAGCCUCCAGUUCAACUCCGACAAGACAAAAAUCUCUAGCCCUAUAGAGACAGUGGAGCAUUGAAUCCUCAUUACUGUUUCCCAAAAGUAUGCUGGGAAGGAUGGGAACAACUGCAGAUUGUUCAAGAGCAAUUUCCUAAGCUUCAUAAAUAUAGAAAUGGCUGCCUUCACAAAGAGCCAAAAGGACUGUGUCCUUGACCACAUGAUGCAGAAAUGGGACCUCAACUGUGGUAGGCAGUUAGAUUUCCAAGAAUUUCUUAACCUUCUUGGUAGCAUGGCCAUGGCUUGCCAUGACUCCUUUAUCAUGGCUACCCAUUCCCAGAAGCAAAUCUGA